GAUCCAAAUUAUUAAUCUGAUCAAAUAAACUGAUCUAAUGAGCUUAUCUUAGCUCUGAUGAUCUACUUUCUUUUUCUUAAAUCUCCUCCCUGAUUAAAAAAAACCCUUGACCAUCUUCUUCCCUCUUUGCUGUACUUGUUUUUAUUGCACCAAUAAUUACCCCAAUCCCAUACCCCCACCCCCCACCCCGCCAUUUUCCUUCCUUGGUGCUUUUCCCAUCCUCUCUCCCUUGACCCUCCCACUGCCUCCUUUCUUUUUCUCCUCUCUCCUCCCACGCUGGCUUCCUCCAACCCUCCAUUUUCAUCCUCCCUUGUCUCCCCGAAGGACCAGCUCUCCACAGUCAUCUCCCUCCAGAAGCUGAUCGUCAGGGAGGUCGCCAACAAAGAGUGUGGCUUCUUCCUCAUCACAGAGGGUACAGAGAAGCCGGAGUUGAUGGAGAUCCUGGCCAGCUCCAAGGAGGAACGCAACACCUGGAUGCAGCUCAUCCAGACAGCCGUGCAGUCCAUGGACAAAGACGAAGAUGAGGGGAUCCCCAGUGAGACGGAGGAUGACAAAAGACAAUUGGAGAGCAAAGCCAAAGAGAUCAGAGAUGCCGAUACCAUUGUCUGUUUCUGCCGGCCAGAUAUGUUGAAGCAGAAAGACACAGAGAUUAUCUCUCUGUUGGAGGAGAAGGUGCUGCUCUUCAGGGAGAUGUGGGAGGGCUUAAGCACCAGCGAAGAGGCCUACAGGCAGGUCGAGCCUUUUUUCAGGUCAGCCUGCAGCCAGGAGUCUAUCAUGAAAGAUGCUCUGCAGGAAGUGGAGACGUUGCAGGCGCUGUUGAAUGGCAGCCUGGGCGGAGCGAUGGCCAGCGUACACGAGGGGGGAGGCGCUGGGCCGGUGUGUCUGCCCCGCAGCAAGACAGGUCCUACGCAGCGUCUCCAACCUGCAUCUCCUGCUCAGCACUCUGCAGGCAGUGGUGGUCCAGCAGAACAGCUACAUCGAAGACCAGCGGCAGUCCUCCCGUCCCAGCUCCCUGAUUGAGCAAGAGAAGCAGCGCAGCCUGGAGAAGUAGAGGGAGGAGUUGGCCUCCCUGCAAAGGCAAGUGGCUGCUCUCACCGAGGAGAGGCGGAAGAGGGAGAAGGAGUGGGAGUUGAGGGAGCAGCAGCUUUCUGAGAGAGACUAGGCGGUGCACUCACAGCUUCAACUUCGACUGCUACUGAACAGCCACUUGCAGUCACAGAAAACUGGAGGACUACGGGUACUUAACAACAGGAACCAAGGCCAGGAACAGCCAGUCGCACUUCUUUGGGCCGACAUCCAGUUGAUGAUGUCCGAUCUUCAAGCAUGAGGGCAGGACGUCCCCCUUUGGAUGUUCCUGGGGAAAUACUCACCACCUUUGCCAUGGCUGGUCUCCCAACCCGACAAAUGUCAGAUUGGUGUGGUGUCUCCUCUAGGACAAUCCAGAGGAGAUUAGCCCAAGAGAAUUUAAGAAAAUCAGACAAUUAAUGAUGAAGAUUUGGACACUUUGGUAAUG